AUGUGUCUAUGUCUGAUUAAAGAUCAGGUUCAGGUUGUUGGUCCAGCUGGUCCUCUUGUUGCUGUAGCUGGUGAAGACCUGGUUCUGCCCUGUUCUCUCAAACCCGCCAUCAGUGCUGUGGACAUGACAGUGGAGUGGAGUAGACUCCAUGGAUCAGACACUCUAGUGCAUCUGUACACAGACCAUGAAGACAGAAAUGAGAAACAGAUUCAGUCCUAUAGAGGGAGAACAGCACUGUUUAAAGAGAAACUGCAGAAAGGCAACACUUCAUUAAAACUCUCCAGAGUGAGAGUCUUUGAUGAAGGACAAUAUAAAUGUUUUAUUCAUAAUAAAAACUGGCAGGAUGAUGUGACUGUUGAAGUCAGAGUUGAAGCUGUUGGAACCGAGCCUGUGAUCACUGUGACGGGCUGUGAUGACUCAGGAAGGCGGAGUCUGUCGUGUGAAUCUACAGGUUGGCAUCCUGAGCCUGUGGUUUUUUGGCUGAACAGUGAAGGAAAGGGUCUCCCUGCAGAGGACACAGAGACAGUCAGAGACACAGAGUUUUUCUCUGUGAAACAAUAA